AUGUCUCAACGCCAGUUUGACCCUACUUUCACUGCCUCUGUCAUCAAUGGCAUGGGCACCAACGUCCCCGAUCGUACUCGCGUGGUCUUGAGUUCUCUGAUCAAGCACAUCCACGACUUCGCUCGUGAGGUUGAGCUCACCCCCGCCGAGUGGAUGCUCGGUGUUGAGUUCAUCAACUCUGUCGGCCAGAUCAGCACUCCUAUCCGCAACGAAGGCCACCGCGUCUGCGACGUGAUCGGUCUCGAGUCUCUCGUCGAUGAGAUCGCCAACAAGAUCAUCACCGAAGACGGCAUCACCCCCACCUCCAACGUUAUUCUCGGCCCCUUCUGGUCUCCCAAUGCCCCCUUCCGCGCUCUCGGCGACAGCACUAUCCAGGACCCCAAGCCCAAUGGCCGUGUCACCUUCAUGCACGGUGCCGUUAAGGACAUGGAGACCGGCAAGCCGAUCGUCGGCGCCGUCCUCGACAUCUGGCAAGCCUCGGCCAACGGCCAAUACGAUUUCCAGGACCCCACCCAGUCUGAUAACAACCUCCGCGGCAAGUUCCGAACAAACGAGAACGGAGAAUUCAACUGGUAUUGCUACCACCCUACUCCCUACUCUCUGCCCACCGACGGUCCCGCCGGUGUUCUCCUCAGACUCAUGGACCGCUCCCCCAUGCGUCCCGCCCACAUCCACCUCAUGAUCACCCACCCCGAAUACGCCACCGUCAUCAACCAGAUCUACCCCAGCGACGACCCCCACCUCACCAUCGACUCCGUCUUCGCUGUCAAGGAUGAUCUCGUUGUAGACUUUAAGCCCAAGACCGACGACCCCAAGGCCUCCCUCGACUUGGAGUACAAUGUCAAGAUGGCUCUCAAGAAACACCACCCCAACCCCAACUCUGCUCCCCCCGUGUCCUCUUUCGAGCGCCACAGCAAAGAGACCAAGGAGGCCCAGGGAAAGCUUUGA